AUGGGAUAUAAGAUAUAUUCUAACUCUGACUUAGUUCAAACAGUAACAUGGGCAAACUAUGAAUGGUUCGCUUUAAGAAACUCAGUACAACCACAAGCUAGAGAACAAACAGACCAGUAUGCAACUAUUGAGAAAAUAAGAAGACUUGACCCUAACGUUCCAGGAGUUUAUGUUAACCUUUCUGGUUCAGAUGGAACUGCUGCCACUAAAGUAAAACUGAAACUUAGAGUUCCUUUGUCAUCUUUCCUCAUCUUCAGGUUUUUAAGAUACUUGCCAAACUGGGCAGGAAAAAUUUCUAUCGAACUUACUCCAAGCAAAAAUAACUUAGUCAUUGCACCAACACAAGACCCAUUCACUCUUACAGACGUAAAGGGAACAAAUAAAACGUCAUUCGCCGAAUUUUGCAAAGACAAAGUUGACUUAGACUUUGGUUUCUCAAACCUCAACACUGAAGUAAACUAUUAUUUCAAUGCUGCUGGAGAUGCUUGGGACCCAGUUAAGUUCACAUGCGAAAAAUUUGAAUGCAAGAGAAUAGAAAGCAGACUUGCAGUCUAUAUGUUGGACCCAGAUAUUUCAAAUGCUUUAGCUGCCAAAUAUAUUGCAGUUCCACUUAUGUUCCCUAUACACCAAAUAUCUGUCAAAGACUUUGCAGGUGAAGUUGGAAACCAAAGUGCUGACCCAGGUGCAAGAACAGAUAUUGCCUUAACAACUGCAAUGAAACAUGCAGAUACUAUGUUUGUUCUUUUCAGACGAACUAUAAAUGACUAUUCUUGUUUCUACAACCCUGGUAUUAAAUAUCAUAUAAACAUAGAUGGCAAAUAUUAUCCAAGAGAAGAAUAUUCUACAGUUGAGGAUAUGAGGUCAUACAACUUGACAUUAGAUGCUAUGAACUUUAACAACAACUUCACAACAACCAUUAACCCUGAAAUGCAAAGUUCUAUUAUGCCAUAUGUGAAAGUAUGGACCCAUACAGGAGGUCAAAAAACUCAAUAUACAAAUGGAGACCGUUCAAACUUUUGGCUUGGCAUUCCAUUUGCUGACUCAGAAGACUUUAUG